GACAACCAACACCAACGAUUAAUGAAAUGAGCAGCGCUACUCUUUCCAGGGGUUGCCAGCGCAUAGCAGCCAAGUCGCUCAUUCUACCGCUACUAUACCCGUCUCUCCUUAGUUCCCGGUCCGCGUCGUUGAACUCUGCCAUCGGCAAGGGUCUUCGCAAGUCGAAAGGAGUAGGCUUUAGGGGAAGAGAGAGAGGCCAGUAUGAAGCCUCCGAUGGCGGCCGUGAGUCGAGAAAUGACGGAGGCGUGAGGAGGACGUCAGAAUCUGCUGGGGGAAGCCGUGGGUUUUCUCGUGACGACUGGAAAGGAGACAGCCAACCCGGUGGCGGCAAAGCGGAGAAGCCUCGCACUGGACGGGACGUACGCAUACGAGCUGGGAAACGUGAGGUCAAAGAUGACAGGAUACCCGUGCGACGCUCACGAGCGGCUCGAUUCUACGACCCUAAUUCGAGCUUUGGGAAGCGAAGCGCUGUUGGCAGGGAAAAGAAGGGGCUCGAUGCGCCAGCUGCACCCGAAGCCAAACAAGACUGGCGUGGCUUUUCUAAGAAGGUGGACAGGGACUUCCCGCGGAAACGGGAUGAUUUCAAUGAGGGAAGGAUGAGGGACAGGCGGGAUACACAGGAGCCCAGGGGAAGCUGGGGCCGAGAGCAAUGGAAGCCAAACUCUGCGCAGGAAUCAUCGCCAGCGCGCUCGGGUUUCCGGUCUAAUUCAGACGAUCAGAGCUUCCCUUUGAGGAAACCCUUCAGAAUCGAUCGCGGAGGCUUUGCUCCGGCGACUAGGCCAUCACAAGAUAAAGACUUCUCCUUCUCGGCGAAGAAGGGGUUCGAAGCCGAACGCCGAAGACCUACUCUAGCAGCCAGGUCACAAGAUUCCGACUCCUCCACAGGGGCUGAAGCAGUCCCCCAGAAAACCAAGCCCACCCUAUCCAUCAUGGACAAGCGCAUGCCCGUGACCAUCCCAUACACAACCCCAGCUUCCGAAUUUCUCUACGGGACAUCUGUCGUCGAAGCCGCACUCAACUCGCGCGCCAAUCCCCGUCGCACCCUCUAUAAGUUCUACAUCUACCGCGGCGCGAACCGCGAGAACGAGGAACAAGACCGAACCCUAGCCAAACUCGCGAGGAAACAAGACGUCCCGGUCGAGUACGUGACCGACGACUGGCUGCGCAGGAUGGACAAGAUGUCCGCUGGAAGACCACACAACGGCUACAUCCUCGAGGCUUCGCCGCUGCCCAAACUCCCAGUCCUGAGCCUUGGCGAGCUUUCAGUCACAGAUGAGAAGCAGGGCUUCAAACUCGUGCUGGGCCACCAGUCUCGCGAGGAGGCAAACGUGAAUGGGACCUCCGACUUCGUGCACGUUGGCUCUCUAGCAAAAUCGGGUGACGGGCGCAAACCCUUCGUCCUUCUUCUCGACUCCAUUCUCGACCCAGGCAACCUAGGCGGUAUCAUCCGUACAGCUGCUUUCCUCGGUGUGGCAGCCAUUGCGAUCUCGAGCCGCAACUCCGCAGGCUUCUCACCAGUGGUGCUCAAGGCCUCGGCUGGGGCGUGCGAAAACAUGAGGCUGUUUACGGUUGAUACGCCCGCUGGCUUUGUGGCUGACUCGAAGGCUGCGGGGUGGAAGAUCUACGCCGCUGUUGCGCCGUCCACGAAUCACUCCGCGAAUGCGCCGUUAGCCAUGACGACAGAUGAGCUGUGCAACCCGCUUCAGGAGGCGCCGUGUAUCCUCAUGCUAGGUAGCGAGGGUGCGGGCUUGAGGUGGAACUUGAGGAGCAAGGCUGAUGUGGAGUUGUCCAUUGAGGGGAGUGGACAGAGGGGGCUUGUGGACAGCAUGAAUGUGAGCGUGGCUACUGGUGUGUUGUGCACCGCCUUUGUGAGCAAGAAGACGCAGACUGUACCUGCACCGCCUGCACGACCAGAAGCUGAGAAGAAGCCAGUGAAGGACCUCUUUUAAAGUGUAAGAUUAUCCUAUACGUAGCCUACUGUAUGUAAUACCACCACGAAUUCAA